UGUGUUUUAGGUUUUGUUUCUCUGUAUUUGAGCAGAGGAUGUUCGGAUGUCGGAAUGUCCGACAGUCCGUGAAGGCAGCAGCAGAUGCGGGUCCUGUUUGUUGUCCAGCAGGAGGGCGCUCCGCUCAAACCCCCUCCCUCCUCCUCCUCCUCCUCCUCCUUCAGGGGCUAGAGCCGAAGGUGCUGCCGGAGCAGAGCUUUGGUGCCGGGGUGUCUCAGGGCCCGGGCCCCGCUUCCUGGUGCCGUCAGAGCCGGGGAGGGAGAGGCGACCGWGGAGGAGGAGGUCAGGCUGGAAGACAUGGAGGCUGGCUGUUCCUGCGGAGGGAGGGAGCUGUAGGACGUGAUUUCUUCAGGGAGGGGGGCUCCUAAUAUGGAGCCCACCCACACCAGAGGGGACAUGUCACCUUUAUACAUGCCGAGGAAGAGGAAGCCCGUCCAGACUCAACCCAAAGGUGCACCGUCAUGUCCAGCGGCUCAGAGGUUUCCAGAUCCAGAGAACGGAGAGUCAGRAGAUCAAAACUCUGCGAAGAUGAAACGGAACAACGGCAGAAAACGGUAUGAGGACCUGCAGAACGUUUCCAUGGUGGACUAUCCAACCACCAGUUGUUCCGUCGUGUCAUCAGGCASUUUGUCCAAUGGGUUGGAUCCUGGCUACGUGGCUCCGCCCACUGCCAGGCUGCCCCCACGACUGGUCACGAAGGGUGUCUGGUCUGAGGGUCCGGAGGCGGGCCAGGAGGACCAGAGCUGGAACUCCAGACGGGACCACGGCCCCGACGCCUGGAGUCUAGGCARAGACCGGMCCCUGGACCAGGUCUGGAGCUCUGGGAGGGACGGAGCGGGACACUCUGGUCAGGAACAGACGUGGAUGCCAGGCAGGGACAGAGCCCACCCUGGACCAGGUCAGGUCUGGACGAUGAGCCGGGAGCAGGGCUGGGCAGCGGGUCCGGGCCAGAAGCAGGCCUGGACUGGAGGAAGAGAUUCAAGAAAAGACGGGGCCACCUCAGGGCCGGAGCAGGGGUGGGGAACCAGCCAGAGUCAGGAACAGACCUGGAGCAACUCCAUGGAGGACAGAGGGAACAUCUGGAGGCCCGAUUUAAACAUGAAGAAAGUUCAGAAAACUGAAGUGGAUCAAAACCCUGUUGUUAAUAACUUCCCUCCUCCGCCAGCAGAGGGCAGAGUUUCAGAGUGUUCAGAUGAAACCAGGCUCUGUGAGGCCUCCAUGGCUCCGUUAGGUGAAGACCAGAAACCUGUCAUUGUCCCCAUCAAGAAGGAAACUCCUGCCUACCCUGCAGGAAGUCCAGAGGAGUGCUGGCAGCUUCAGAUUGUGGCCAAAGGGAGGGUGACCUGUCCGAAAUGUAAAAGCGUGAGCAGGAAGACCGUGGAGGGGCUGAAGAAACACAUGGAGAACUGCCGACUGCAACCCUUCACCUGUCAGCACUGUGGGAAACAGCUGAAGUCCUCCACAGGGAUGAAAUAUCACAUCAUGGCUGACCACAGCCACUUG